GCUGGCGCGGGGCUGGGGAGCCACCGGGACUUGAGCCCUCGUGCCCCGCCGGGAUGGGGAGCGCCCGGCCCAUCCUCUGCCUCCAGCUGUGGCUGUGGGUGCAGAGCUCUGCCCAGGAGCUCGACCCUGACGGCAGGAAUGUCUGCAGGCUCCCCACUGGCCCAGCAUGCUGCCCCGGCUGGAAGCAGGAAGGGCGGGAGUGCACGGCCGCACUGUGCGAGGGGGAGGAUGCCUGCGGGGCGGAGGAGGUCUGUGUGAGACCCGGGGUUUGCCUCUGCAAACCCGGCUUCUUUGGAGCAGACUGCAGUUCCCCCUGCCCCGAGCAGUACUGGGGCCCCGACUGCAAGCGGAGCUGCCCGUGCCACCCCAACGGGCGCUGCGACCCGGCGAGCGGGCUCUGCACCUGCGACCCCAACCACUGGGGAGGGCUCUGCCAGUUCCCCUGCCAGUGCGGCCCCCACGGCCGCUGCGACCCCCUCACCGGCGCCUGCCGCUGCGAGCCGGGCUGGUGGGCACCUACCUGCAAGAAGCAAUGUCAGUGCAACCCCGCCAGCUCCCACUGCGACCCGCUUACCGGCCACUGCCGCUGCCUGCCGGGCUGGUGGGGUAGGAGGUGCAGCUUCAAAUGCUCCUGCAACCUCUCGCCCUGCGCCCAGGAGACGGGCAAGUGCGAAUGCAAGGCUGGGUUUUGGGGGCCGGCGUGCCAACGGCGCUGCGACUGCUUGCACGGCUCCUGCAGCCCUCUCAGCGGGCACUGCACCUGCAACCCCGGCUACCAGGGCAGAAGCUGCCGGGAGGCCUGUCCGGCGGGGAAAUACGGGUCUCAGUGCGUGCACAGCUGUGGGAGCUGCAAGCGCAGCCAGCCCUGCUCGACCGUGGAUGGCUUCUGCCUGGCUUGCCAGCCCGGCUGGAACGGGACCCUCUGCAAGGAACCCUGCGCGCCCGGCUUCCACGGCGAGGGCUGCCUCCAGCCGUGUCCCCGCUGCCGGCGUGGGGAGGUCUGUGACCCAGAGACCGGGUCCUGCCUGCACUGUGAGCCCGGCUGGAUGGGACCCAGCUGCAACAGCUCCUGCCCCUCGGGCACCUUCGGCGAUGGAUGCCAGCUCCUCUGCCCCGAGUGUGUUGCAGGGAGCUGUGACCCCGUGUCAGGAGCUUGCAUCUGCCAGGCGGGCUACUGGGGAGCCAGCUGCAACGACACCUGUCCGGAGGGGUAUUUUGGAGUGAACUGUUCCUCACCCUGCCAGUGUUCCCGUGGGACCUGCCACCCCGUGCGGGGUGACUGUGUGUUGAGUUUUAAGGACCACGGGGCCCUUGCAGCCGCCAUCCUCGUCCCUCUCCUGCUGCUGCUGCUCUGCAUUGCCUGCUGUUGCUGUGGAGCUGGCCCAGCAGAUGCUAGAGACAGGGCAGCCGUGCCGGAUGAUGACGUGCUGGCCAGGAUGAAGCACCACGUGCGGGGGGUGCUGGCGAACCUCAGCGCUAUGAUGCCUUGCUUUUCCCUGGGCGGCUACAAACUUCCCAAAGUCACAGUUUCCCACCACGACACAGAAAUCCCCUUCAACCCCAGCUUCAUCGAGCCACCGUCGGCUGCGUGGGUUUCAGACAGCUCCUUCUCCUCCUCCUUCGACACUGACAAUGAGGGACCUGAGUACUCCGUCCCUCCCAGAGAAGGCAUCCCACUGCUGGGGGGGGCCGAACUGCAGGAUGGGGCAUCCCCCCCUGGCGAGGUGCUCCCGGACCCGUCCGCCUUCGACUCCGAGGACGUCUCACAGCCCUUUGCCAUCCCUCGCACCUCCAGCAUCGCCAAGGCCAAGCGGCCCUCCGUGUCCUUUGCCGAGGGGACGAAAUUUGGGGCGGCGGAGACCCCCAGCCCUGGGCGGAAACCUAAGACCCCAUGGGGCCCAUCCAAGCUGUCCCCACCGCCGGGGGAUGCGGCAGCUGAGCCCCCCACUGAAAGACCAGCCAGCGAUUGCUACGAGAGCCCCAAGCCCCUUGGCAAGGGGGAGGAAAGCCACCGGCCGUCGCCCCGGGCCACCCCGGGGGGACGCCGGCGAGUGGUCUCCGGCACCAGGCACGUGGCCCAGAGAGUGGAGGCACUUGAAGCGGCUGCAAAAUCCGGCAGCUGGGAGGCAAAGGGGAAGGAGCCCAACGUCACCACCAUCUACAUGAUGGUGGGAACGGCCGGGCAGGACCCCAAGGCAGAGGCGGGUGGCGAGGGACCCGUCCAGGCUGUGCUCAAGCGGCUGGGCAGCUUGCAGAGGGGCAAGUGGGCUGCAAAGGAGGAGUCCAAGGUGAGGAGGAGCAUCGAGGCCAUCCAGAAACCGCCCCGCCGGGCCCUGGCGCAGUGCAGAGACUCGGUGAAUAGCUGCAAGCAGAGGGAGAGUGUCCCGGGGGCUCCUGCCGAGCCAUCCCCCGGCAAGCACCAGCAUCUCCCCGGGAAGAGACAGUCCUUCCUUCUCACAUCUCCGUCGCCAAAAAGCACUGGGGCCCAGGAUGGGGCCAGCGAUGCUGUAGGUGCCACGGAGAGGGGCAAAAGCCCCGAGUUAGUCCUCAGCCUCGAAACGAAGGGACAGGCUGCCCGAGAGGAAGAGCCGAAAUAUGAGAACGUGAUGAGCAGCAGUGCCGAUUCACCCCCCGGCCCCGCCACGGAGCUGCCGGCCGCCCCUGCGGCCACCUGAGCCACCAUUGCCUGGGCUGGGGCAGCGGGAGCCCAGGAGGCCCCUCCGACCCUAGUGUGGGGGGAGCUGAGGUCCCCCUCCGAGCUGUGAACUGGAGAAGCAUCGAGCCUUCCCAUUGACCCCCUUUCCUCCGUGCCGUGUUGCUGGUGUGGACCCUCGCUGGCCGGCACAGCCGGCGGCACAGGUGAUGCUGAGAGCCGCAGCGGUGGCAGCCCCGUGGGGUUAUGGUGUUUCAGGGCUGUUUUCUGCUCCCCCCUGCCCUAUGUGCCCCAUUUUGUGUCUGCCGCAGCCCGGAGGGACAGCGAUGCUCUGGAUGCAGCGGUGGCACCUUCUGGUCCCUGUCAGCACCGGGCUUGGGGACAUGUGUCCUCCUCGUAAAAGGGACCAGGGCUGCUGGGAAACGCACGGGCAAAAACCAGUUUCACCCCAUUGGCUUUCACCUUUCCCUGUCCCAGCUCUGGUAAUGCUGCUCGGAGCCUCUUGCUGUAAAGGUGCUUCUCGCUUGAGGGGAUUAUUUUGUGGAGCUGGGCUGGGGAGAUGAUGGGCUGUCACAAGCAGCUUCAGCAAAAAUUAAUUUUAACUGCUUAUCUCAUCUCAAAGGGUAUCUGGGUGUGCAGGGGUUUAUCUGUGUGGCUCUGGCUUUCAUGGCAGGCUCUGGCUGCCUUCGUUUCUAUGUACACGCGUAGCACAUGAAAAGGCUCAUGGCACGGCACAGGGUUUAUCGACGGCCUUUUAAUCUCCACGCAAUACCAAGCUGCAAUUGUGCAAGAGCAAACGUGGCAGCUGGGCCGUGACCAUCAACCUGUGCACCCGGCGCUGUGCUGGCCCUGAUAAGGAUGAAAUCUGCACGGAAAAUGGCAUUCGUGCAGGUGCCCUAAGCUCCUGCCAUCUCCCACAUCUCAUCCCUGCUGCAGCAACACAUCACCAUGGGCGGCCGAGACGUGAUGAAGGUGCUGCAACAUCUCCAGCACAGCCAGGGGACCUCGGGCAGCACGGGCGAGACGGGCACAAGGGCUCUGCCGCCCGUGCAAGGCGGUUGAGAUGCCAAAGAGGAUUUGCAGCGUGAACUGGUUUUUGAUGUAUCUAAGUGGUAGAAGUUUCUUGUAUAUUUUUCUGUUAUUUCGCAUGGCAUGAAAGCCUCUGAAUGAAAAUUAAACGUUACCAAAGCCCUUCAGGAGCUGGGUUUCC